AUCUAUUUUAUAACCUAUUUAAAUUCUUUUUAACCUAACUUUUGAUCCACCAAAUUUCAAAAAAAACUCGGAAAUUAAAACUGCUUGGUCGAGGACGGUUGAUGACGGUGGCGCUUGUCGGCUUAGUGUGAGGUUUGCCCAAAUAUAUAAAAGGUUUGCCACAAGCUUCCGGAUGUUUGAAAUUUUGGCAGAGGGCUAUCGACGUGAUCAAGCUGUCUGAGUUCUGCCCUGGUUUCGCCUAAAGGUUAAUUUAAAUAAUGGUUAAAACGCACGGACCAAAAAUGAUUUGGAUAUUAGUUCUAUUUGUUUUAAGCGAAUUUACUGGGGUAUUUUCGAUACAAACCGGUUGGAAAAAUCUCAAACAAUAUAAGGGCUUGUAUAGAACGUCUGUAAAGAGUGACUUUUGGUAUCCAGGACCACCGAAAGAAGAAUUUGAAGAUCAAAACGAGGAAUUAAAAAAUACUUUUGAACAAGAUGCAAGCAAUCGAAAUAUAGACAGAAGAAACAUUUUGCAUUUAAAACAUCAAGAACCAUUUGGAAACAAUUUUAAUCGAAAUCCAGACAGAAGAAACAUUUUGCAUUUAAAACAUCCAGGACCAUUUGGAAGCAAUUUUAAUCGGCCUGAUGUAGAUGGUUUCUCGAAUAAAGACAGAGUUUUCAAGAAACAAAGGUGGCCUUCCAGUGGUUCACAAGUACCUGAUUCCAAAAUAAUUAAUAAUUUCAAUCCUUAUGAUUACAUGGUCGAUAGGCCUGUAACCCAAAGUCCCGGAACGACUGCUGUGGUAAUUCCUGGAAUGGCAACCACGUUUUCACCUUGUGAACAGAGCUGUCCAAGUACCAUGCAGUUCGAUGCUGUAUGUGGUGACAAUGGUGUCACUUACUCUAACUUGGCUAGAUUUAGAUGUGCUGUAGCCUGUGGAAAAAGAGUCAGAAUUCUUCACCUUGGGGUCUGUUCAAAUAGUUAAGUAGGUAUACUAAAGACUGAAGUGAAACUGUCAAACGUACUAAAACGUAUUACUAGUUAAAUUGUGUAUAUAAUAAAUUAUUUA